AUGCCUCCACGCGGGGCCGAUCCGGCAGACAAGCGCAGCAGCCCUCUCAGGAGCCACCCACCCGCCCUUCCGCUUGCUAAAAGACCUGAGGAGCACCAAAAGCCCUCAGAAGUCGAAAGUGGAGCUGAGUUGCUGGGAAGGUUUCCGUUUCGAUGCAGCAGCCCAAUCAACUUCAAAGGCUUGCGCACCAGCGAUGCAGAGGAUACUGCUUCUGACAGCGACAAGAACAACAGCGCCUUCGGAUUGAAGCGACAGGUGUACAGUAACUCUGAUGUCUUGGACGAAACUGUUCACUCCAGCAUGUCCGAAAGUCCUGAAUUUGAGAGCAAGCUAGUGGCUCCAAUUGACCAGGGAAAAUGGGAUCUGCCAAACUCCUCUCUGGCUGAAGAGUCCAAGGAUGAAGCAAAGCCUCUUGUUGGUUUGGGAAUUCUUGGCCUCGAGUCCAAGGAUAUGUCUUUCCCCGAAGAGUCUCUCCACAUGAUUCAAUCCCAGGAGGAGACCGAGGAGAGCCUGACCAGUCUCAUCAAUGAGCUGAUAGCUGAAGAGGGCAAUGACAUUGUUCCAGACACCCUGGUUGCUUUGCCCGAGAAGGACACUCCCUACCCUUCCCUUCUGAUGGAGACGGACUACCAUGAAGGUCUCACCGAUGAGCAGGUUGCCGACCGUCGCAAGGCACAUGGUCGCAACUGCCUGACCCAGAAUACGACAAACAACUGGAUCAAGUUCUUAUCGUUCUUUGUUGGUCCAAUCCAAUUCGUCAUGGAGGCCGUGACUGUUCUUGCCGCUGGCUUGCGCAGCUGGAUUGAUUUCGGUAUCAUCUGCGCGCUGCUGCUCCUCAAUGCCAUUGUCGGCUUCGUCCAGGAAUACCACGCUGGUAAUAUUGUCGCAAAUCUUAGGAAGACACUAGCACUCAGAGCUUUGGUCGUUCGAAACAGCGAUAUUGUGGAGAUACAGGCUGAGGAUGUUGUUAUUGGCGACAUUGUUUAUCUUGAAGAUGGAUCCAUUGUUGCAGCGGACGGCAGCAUUAUCGCCACGAAUGAGAUCAUCCAGGUCGACCAGUCCGGCAUCACGGGUGAAUCUCUUGCAGUCGAAAAGGCAAAAGGGGACACUUGCUAUGCAUCUUCCGCUAUCAAGCGUGGCUCGGGAUACAUGGUAGUCACGGCAAUUGGUGACCACACCUAUGUCGGCACUGCUGCAGCCCUUGUCCAGCAAGCUCAGCAAUCCCCUGGACACUUCACUCUUGUCCUGAACGGAAUGGCACGCUCACUUCUCUAUCUGGUAAUCUUCACGCUGGUUGCGGUAUGGAUCUCAGGAUUCUAUCGAUCCAAUCUCAUCAUCCAGAUCCUCGAACACACUUUGGCGAUUGCAAUGGUAGGUGUACCCGUUGGACUUCCCAUCGUUGUAACCACAACCAUGGCCGUGGGUGCGGCAUAUCUAGCCAAUCGCAAGGCAAUCGUGCAAAAGCUAUCCGCUAUUGAGUCCUUGGCUGGAGUCGAGAUCUUGUGUUCGGAUAAAACUGGAACUUUGACCCGCAAUGUCUUGACCCUGGGAGAACAACACCUUGUUCCUGGAAAUACAGCAGCCGACCUCAUGUUGAUUGCAUGUCUUGCCGCAAAUCGUAAGAAGGGAGGCAUCGAUGCUAUCGACAAAGUCUUCCUGAAGGGGCUUCGUCAUUAUCCCGCCGUCAAAGCACAGAUCGCCUCAUACAAGACGUUGGAGUUUUCUCCAUUCGACUCAGUCUCAAAGAGAGUGACUGCGCUUGUUCAGUCUCCAGAUGGCGAGCGGAUUACUUGCAUCAAGGGUGCCCCACGAACUGUCCUGCAAACUGUGCUCAAAGAGACUGUGCUCAGUGAGCAGUUUGUCGCUCAGUACAAGACAAAGGUUCUUGAAUUUGCCACUCGUGGCUUCCGUUGCCUCGGGAUUGCUCGCAAGCGCGAAGGCCAUGACUGGGAGAUAAUGGGAAUUAUGCCGGUCCACGACCCCCCUCGACAUGAUACCGCCCAGACGAUUGUUGAAGCCAAAAGUCUCGGCCUCUCGAUCAAAAUGCUCACUGGUGAUGCCGUCGGUAUUGCUCGUGAGACAUCGGCCAGACUUGGGCUCGGAACCAACAUUUACAAUGCUGAGCGGCUCGGGGUGACUGGUGCUGGCUGCAUGCCUGGAUCCGAGGUUGCUGACUUUGUUGAGGCUGCAGAUGGGUUUGCUGAAGUAUUCCCCCAGCACAAGUACAGUGUCAUUGAGAUCCUGCAGGCUCGCGGUUAUCUGGUUGCCAUGACCGGAGAUGGAGUGAAUGACGCCCCCUCGUUGAAGAAGGCCGAUACCGGUAUCGCAGUUGAGGGCGCAUCUGAUGCAGCUCGAUCCGCUGCCGACAUUGUGUUCCUGGCACCCGGUCUGUCGGCCAUCAUUGAUUCGAUCAAGACAUCUCGCCAGAUCUUUCACCGCAUGUACUCGUAUGUUGUUUAUCGGAUUGCUUUGUCCAUUCAUUUGGAAAUCUUCUUCGGCAUCAAGAUCUUCAUCGAGAAUGAAACACUGGAUCUUCGCCUGAUAGUUCUUUUUGCGAUAUUUGCCGAUAUUGCGACUCUGGCCAUUGCUUAUGACAACGCUCCUUACUCCCAUGUCCCUGUCAAGUGGAACACACCAAGACUGUGGGGUGAAUCGAUUGUGCUGGGUUCCCUCUUGGCCAUCGGAAGCUGGGUAGCUUACACCACAACGCUCUUAGAUGAGGGAGGUAUUGCUGCGGUGAACGGCUUUGUCAGUCAGAGGCUGCGUGAUGAAGUCAUGUUCCUGGAGAUCUCGCUGACCCAGAGUUGGUUGAUCUUUGUGACUCGGUCGUCUGGUGCUGGCUCCCGCUCGCUGUGGACCAACAAGCCCUCGAUGUCUCUUUGCGCUGCGAUCGUAGCAAUCGAUGUCACGGCCACGCUGAUCGCUUGCUUCGGUAUCUUCGGCUCGAUGGUACACCCGCUGACUGCACUCAAUGUCUGGGUUAUCGCUUCCGGGGUGACUUGUGCUAUCGCAAUGGCGUACAUCCUGUUGCACAAUUCGCCCACAUUUGACAACCUGAUGCAUGGUAGAUUACCUCGCCGCAAGGCCAAACCGCGGUCUUCUGAAGACUUUGGCCUCAACAUGCAGCGCAUGGCCAAUCAGCAUGAGGCGACCACCUGA